AUGGGAGCUGAUAUACACUGUGUGAAGGGGCAGCCUCAAAGGAUUCUUUUGGAUACAGAUAUGGAUACCGAUGAUUUCUUUGCACUUUUGUACCUCUUGAAGCUCAAUAGAUCAGAACUGGAUUUGCAGGCUAUUACUAUUAACGCAAAUGCAUGGACUGAUGCUGGACAUUCUGUGAAUCAUGUUUACGAUAUUCUUUACAUGAUGGGGCGUGACGACGUUGUCGUUGGAGUGGGAGGUGAGGGUGGAAUACUUGAAGAUGGUACCAUACUGCAGAAUGUUGGUGGAUAUCUGCCUAUAAUUGAACAGGGGAAUGGUACAGCAGGUUAUUGUAGAUACAGACAAGCCAUUCCAGUAGGUCCUGGAGGAAGAUUAGAUAAGGAUACAGACUUUGGCUUUCGAAAAAGCUUUCUUCCACAGGGCAGAAGGAAGUAUUCACCUCUAAGGCAGCCCACUGCACAGGAAGUAAUGAUAGAGAAAAUUUCUGCUGGUCCAAUCACUGUACUUAUCAUUGGAGCACAUACAAAUUUUGCUAUAUUUCUUAUGAAUAAUCCAAAUUUAAAGAAAAACAUUAAGCACAUUUAUGUCAUGGGUGGUGGUGUGAGAUCGAAAAACCCAACUGGUUGCAAGGCCCUCUCAGCAAGCCAAAGUCGGCAAUGUGGAGACCAUGGCAAUCUGUUCACCGCUUACACUAGCAAUCCUUAUGCAGAAUUCAAUAUUUAUGGAGAUCCCUUUGCUGCAUAUCAGGUGAUUCAUUCUGGAAUCCCAGUUACUCUUGUUCCCUUGGAUGCCACAAACACCAUCCCAAUAACUCGUGAUUUUUUCGAAGCCUUAGAGAAGAAUCAGCAUACUUAUGAGGCACAAUACUGCUUCAAGUCUUUGAAAAUGGUUCGUGAUACUUGGGUUGGUGAUAAUUUUUACAAGAGUUAUUUUAUGUGGGAUUCAUUUACAUCAGGUGUAGCUACUUCAAUAAUGCGUAACAGACAAAACCAAAAUGGAGAGAACGAAUUUGCUAAGGUGGAGUAUAUGAACAUCACAGUUAUUACCUCAAAUAAGCCUUAUCAAAUAUCUGAUGGUUCAAAUCCAUUCUUUGAUGGCCUGAAAGUUCCUAAAUUCAACUUAAAGAGAAAUGGAGUUCAUAGUGGUCAUGUUCAGACUGGAAUUCGAGAUCCAUUUUGCCUAGUAAAGAAUGGAAAGGGCAGAUGCAUGGAUGGCUAUACAACAGAAAUUUCUGGUCCAGAAGCAGCGCAUGUGCUUGUUGCUGUAAGAGCGAAGCCUAAUAGCCAUAAUAACAGCUCAUUAAACAGAGAAUUUUUUAAAAGCUUUCUUGAUGUCUUAAACCGACCCGAACAAUGUGGAAGAUUCAAUUUUACUGCACAAUCUCUUCAUUAUGAAGAAAUUUUCUACAAACCAGAUUUCCGGGGCAAGCGACUUGGGAAGAAUAUUGUUUUUGACAUGGAUAUGAGUGCAGGAGACUUUUUAUCUCUCUUUUAUCUGCUCAAAUUACCUGUGGAAAUAAUUAAUCUCAAGGCGAUACUAGUAAGUCCAAAUGGAUGGGCAAAUGCAGCAACAAUAGAUGUUCUCUAUGAUUUGCUGCAUAUGAUGGGGCGUGAUGAUAUACCAGUUGGUCUUGGAGAUAUGUUCGCACUCAACCAAUCUGAUAAACUUUCCCCUGCUGUUGGAGACUGCAAGUACCAUAAAGCUAUCACUCAUGGUAGUGGUGGCUUUCUCGAUUCUGAUAAUCUAUAUGGUCUGGCUCGUAAUUUGCCUCGAAGCCCUCGGAGAUAUACAGCAGAAAAUUCAGUGAAAUUUGGUGCUCCUCGAGACACAGAUCACCCUGAACUCAGACAGCCUCUGGCUCUGGAGAUAUGGGGAUCAGUAGUAAAAUCACUUGAUGCAGGAUCUAAAGUUACCAUUUUAACCAAUGGUCCUUUAACUAAUAUAGCGAAAAUUCUUCUUUCAGACAAGAAUUUGAGCUCUCCAAUCCAGGAUAUAUUUGUAGUUGGGGGCCAUAUCAUUAACCACGAAAGUGACAAAGGAAAUGUCAUCAACAUUCCUUCAAAUGAAUAUGCAGAACUCAACAUGUUUCUUGAUCCUUUGGCGGCAAAAGUGGUUUUUGAUUCGGCUCUCAACAUCACACUCAUUCCUCUUAGCGUCCAGCGAAAGGUUAGCAGAUUUGGUAAAAUUCUGGAAAGGCUUUACUUGACAAAGAAGACACCUGAAAGCAAAUUUGCCUGGCGUUUGCUGUCAAGAUUGCAUCGGUUGAAAAUAACAAAUUCUAGAUAUCAACAUAUGGACACAUUUUUGGGAGAAAUUCUUGGUGCAGUAAUCUUGGCAGGUGACCGUUUCACUCUGAAGACAACAUUUGAAAGUAGGCCUAUCAGAGUUUUGGCAACCGGUAUCGACUCUGAAGAUGGACAGAUGAUUAUUGAUCAAAAUCAUGGCAAUUCAGUGAAAGUAUUGGAUGAUGUCAAUCCUUUUUCUUUUUACGAUGUUUUUGCAAAUCAGCUCGGGGACGAAAGGCAAUCUGCCAUUGUUGGAAGCUUUGAAGAACAGAGAAGAAUUUGGAAUACACCACGAAGCACCACUCUACCACCAUCCAACUCCCCUCGCUACCCUCACCACCUCUCUAAUCCUAAACCCACUCAAACUUUUCUCUCACAGAAAAAAAUGCCAGGCUAUGAGGCUAUCUCCACCACCCACCCUCCAGCAUGGUGCGGCGCCACCUUGUCAAACUUAGAGACCGGGACGGAUCCAGGAUUAAGCAGCUAG